GUUCGCUCUUCACUCUUCGUGUGUUCUUUGGUGGAAGUUAACUUGGAACUUGGCCUAGAUUACUCGCUCAGUUGCACGGAUUCCGGACGCUGCUUGGCCCAUCUACCCCGUUCUCUCGCUCGCCACACCUCUUGUCGCGCCGCUCCGCCCACCCCCGCCCCUCUCUCCGGCUUAGUGCCCAAUUGAUCCGUCUCCACCCUUGGUUGUGCUCCGCCUCUUGCUCCGUGCCGGUGACGCCCACUCUCUCUCACUACCUUUAUGAGUCAGAAACAACCUCUUCCCAGUCUCACUGGACACCGACUCAAGCCCAGGAAAAGGGAUGAAAAGAAGCAAUACGAUCCGUCUGGAUUCCGCGAUUCGAUUCUAGAAGGGCUCAACGAGGCUGGACAGGACUUGGAGGCCGUUUCAAAGUUUCUGGACACGUCCUCUUCCAAAUUAGACUACCGACGUUAUGGCGGUAACCUCGUGGAGAUCUUGAUCGCCGGUGGCCUUUUGGCUCCGGGUGGUAGUAUCGUCCAAGAUGGGCAAGUCAACCGGACCGAUACCUGUCUCUUUGUCAUGGCCGACUCCAUGGAGAUGGUCAGGGCCUGGGAGCAGGUCUUCACCAAACUUGAGCGACGGUUCAAGUUCUUGGAGAAGAUGCAUGAGGAGGAGAUGAACAAGAUCCUGGUGUAUUUGAAAGGAUUCACGCCCCAAGAGCGCCAAUGUUUGGCCAGGAUCACGGCCCUGUGGUUGGCCUCUGGCCAGGUCCCGCCCACCAUUCUUCCAAUACUCAUCAAUGAACGUCAAGUCAAUGAUGGGACGUCGUUGGAGUUCCUCCUGGAAACCUUCUCGGUUUUGAAACAAGAGAAGGGCGGCACCGCUGUGAUCAACGUGAUCAAACGCUCCGGGAUCGAGGCUCGGCUCAUGGACUUCUUCCCGUUGGUCAACCAGCAGCAGACCGAGGAGAACUUCAACAAGACGUUCUUGGCCCGGGAUCUGCCCGAGGUGGUGUCCUUCCGGAAGAACCAAGCUGCUCAAGGCGAACGCAACGAGCUUCACCGCGCCGUUCGCGACGCCAUCGCCGAGGAUCGACCCGUCAAGGAGAUUAUUGCCGAGGUCAAGGAAGGCAUGAGCAAAAACACGGUCCAAGAGUACGACGCCGUUGUCAUGAUUUGGUCGUGUGUGAUGUCGGCAGUCGAGUGGAACAAGAAAGAGGAUUUGCUCCAGGACCAAGCGAUGCGACAUCUCAAGAAGUACGUGGUCCUCUUUGCGGCCUUUACGAAGAACACCCGCUCAGAGUUGGCCCUUCUGAACCGCAUCCAAGAGUACUGCUACGACAACAUGAACUUCUUGAAGAGUUUCAAUAAGAUCGUUCUUCUCCUCUACAAGACUGACGUGCUUUGUGAAGAAGUGAUUUUAAAGUGGUACAAGGAUGCCCACUCAUCCCGUGGAUGGUCGGUGUUCAUGGACCAGAUGAAGAAAUUCGUCGAAUGGCUCGAACACGCCGAAGAAGACCUGAAGCGGUUCCAAAGCCGACAAGUGCCCGACGAAAUCUUAUUCAGCGUCACCGAAUUAGUUCUUCAUCCCGAUUGGAGAGAGACUCCAAAGAGAACUUUGAUGGAAAAGACACGGCAAAUCUCCACCCUCGCUCUCAUAGAAACUCAAAAACUGAUCGACGUCACUGAAACGGGUCCCUCCCAUGCAGGCAAUCCACGAAAUCGCUGGAAGAAGAUUGAAGAAACUGUCGAAUUACUCUUAGUAUUUCCGACUCGUCUGCUAAUCCCGAAUGUGUCGCAGAAAAUCUGGGAUUUGGUCGAAGAUGGAUUGAAUGCCUUCAAAGUACCGGACGACUCGAAACUUGCUCGACUAUUAUGGACGCAAGGAAUAGUUAACCGCCUUAUUAAACCAGAUUACGUGAUCCUUGGACGCCUUUUAGAAUCCCAUCACGACUUUUUCCAAAACACUCUGAUGUCUCUUUUUAACGAGGUUCUUGAGAACUCGCCCGACCUCUUGUGGAUGGGGCACGACCCUCUUAUUUUAUGUCUUGCCCAAAAUCCGUCGCUUUUCCGAAGUUUCUUGGAGUUUGCAGAGGCUCAAUUGUUGGUGUUGGACUGCGACAUGAACUUUGUGGCCAUGAUCCGAUCCAUUGGGGAGAUGGUCCUGAAAAAAGCUAACAACCCUGUUGCGCUUUUUCCAAUCGACUCUCAGACCCAAAUAGCGUUGAUAUGUCUUCUUCAGAGGAAUGAUGACUCUGAAAACUGUUUAGAGACAUUGAUUCAAAAGUGUGUUCCACUGCACAACAUCUCCAUCGUGUUAUUCCCACAAGCCUAUCAAAAAGCAUUACAUUAUUCCUCGCUGCAUCGAAAAGUGCUUCAUGUUAUGGAUCCAUUUUCUAAAUUCUGUAUUAAAGAUGUUCAUCAAGACUGAAACAAAACGAUAUAUUUAUUCCAGACUGCCAUUUCUAUGAGCUUGUACCCAUUCCAAUGUGA